UGGAUGGAUGGGAAGGGACUAGGGGACUAGGUGUUUAAUUGUGACCAGGCUUUUAAUUGAAGUUUUAGGGGUACUUGCUGGUUUCUAGCUUUGAGAGAGAGAAGCUUAUGUUCAUAAAUAUUUAUUUAGCUCUCCUUGGCCAUGGAAAUAACAUAUUGGAAUGCUUCAUUUAGGUGGUGUUCCCCUUUAAUGCUAUGCAACAUAGUGACAAUGAAUUUAUUUCAAUUCUGUUUUCAUGUUGGUUUGCUCAGUCACGACUUAAUAGCCUGCUCUGCUGUGAAUAGUAAUGGACCUGCUCAGCCUCCAUUAUGGACCUCGAGAUGCUUUCACGGUGUCAUUUCAUGACUCAAAGUGUCGAAGUGUUAAUGUCUUUUUCUACAAAUGUUACGGUCAGUGCUGCUGACUCGGGAGUGUGUAGGAUGAGUCAAUCACAGCUCGGGCAUGAACAGAGGUCACUGCUGCCAUCUAACGGCGGAUCCUGUCAUGUUGCAUCAGUGAGGAGGAGGCAGACAGAAAUAUGCCAUUCCAACGCACCUGACAAGCCAUAUCGACAUUAUCUCUGUUCUCUCUCACACACACAGCAGACCCUGUUUGUGUGUGUCUGUGUGUUUGUGGACCGCACCGUUCAGCUGACCAGGCUGAGAGAAAAAGGUGGAGGCGAUAGAGAUAAAUGCUGUGACACCAGCAACAGCCGCAUCUGCAUUCAGCUCAUACUCAUCAUGCCCGUCCACAGGAGGCAGCCCAGUAUUGAAUUGCUGGAACUAAUGGGAGUGGUCAGAGAGAAUGGCAAUGAUCAGACAGCACUCCCACCUGUGCACACGCCUCUAUCAUAUGACUACGUCCUGGUUGCCAAAACAAUUGACAAACAGGACAGAGAGACGUUCAAGAAGCAAACUGAAUACAUUGAAGAACUGAAGAAAAAGAACUUGAAAGUUACCAAAAUUAUAGAUGACGAUCUCAUCUUCUAUGGGAUUCAAGCACCUAAAGAGAUUUUUGAGAAGUACAGGUACCUGCUCAAAGUGUCUGAUGCUUGUAACUGGAGCUCGGAUCAGAACAUUGUGCCUCUCAGCACCAGGAUAAGGAUUGUCCACUUCAUCUUGAAUCACACCCCUAUACGUUCAGGAGAGGGUUUGCGGGAUCUUAUGAAGAUGAAGGUUUUUGAGGCAAGGUUCUGCUUGCACGAGAAAAAGAAACAGAGAGAGCUGAAGGAGAGCUGGGCACGAUGGACAGCCUGUCUCCAAGGGCAACCCAUUACUGCCGUCAGGAACUACUUUGGGGAGAAGGUGGCCUUGUACUACCUGUGGUUGGGCUGGUACACGUAUCUCCUCAUCCCGCCAGCUCUCAUCGGGGUCAUCGUCUUCCUCUAUGGCCUUGCGUUCUUUAACAGCUCACCCCUCAUAAAGGAGGUUUGUGAGGCUGACACAGUCAUGUGCCCCCUUUGUGACAAGAGAUGCAAAGUGUGGCUUCUCUCCGACACCUGCACAUACGCCAAGGUGAGCCAGCUGUUUGAUAAUAAUGGCACAGUGCUCUUCGCAAUGUUCAUGGCAGUGUGGGCAACACUGUUUUUGGAGUUUUGGAAGAGACAUCGAGCAUCCUAUGUGUGUGAAUGGAAAGUGUCCGAUUGGUGUGAGGAGGAGGAGGAACUGAUCCUGGAAAUUGUGAACGACGUCAACUGUGCACCAAAAGAAUAUAAACACUCAUAUCUGCGCAGCACUCUGGUUUUAAUCUGUGUCACCGUUAUGAUACUGGUGAUCAUCGGUCUGACACAUGCCUUGGUGGUGUUCAGGGUGAUCGCAGCAGUGCUCUUGGCUGAGGGAUCAUGGGAGUUUCUGAGCAACCACUCCAACAGCGGGGCAAUGAUGCUGGGGGCCGUCCUCCAUUACGUCAUCAUCACCGUCAUGACACGGGUCAACAGGAUUGUGGCCAUGAAGCUCUGUGAAAUAGAGAAAACAAGAUCAUUUGCUGCCACAGAGAAGAGUUUCACCGUCAAGAUGUUCACCUUCCAGUUCUUCACCUACUUCUCCUCCCUCUUCUACGUGGCCUUUUUUCUUGGCAGGAUAAACGGCCAUCCUGGUGGUUAUGUCCGAAUUUCAGGGAAAUGGCGGUUGGAGGAGUGUCAUCCCAGUGGAUGUCUCACAGACCUGUUCAUCCAAAUGGCAAUUAUCAUGGUACUCAAGCAAACCAUCAGCAAUGUCUUUGAGUUCACUGGCCCCUGGUUCUGCAGGUGGUUGAAGAGAAGAAGAACCCACAAGCUACAGAGGAAAUGCGCCCACUGCUACCUGAAAGACGAAUCAGAGGCCAGACACGGAGCUGAACUGUGUGAUAACUGCAAGCUCCGAGACUGGCUCAGCAACUACCGUCUCAACGAUGUCGACUCCUUCAGCCUGUUCCAUGAGUUCCUGGAGAUGGUGAUCCAGUUCAGCUUUACAACCAUAUUUGUGGCAGCGUUUCCUCUAGCUCCUCUGCUGGCCCUCAUUAAUAAUGUCAUUGAGAUCCGUCUGGAUGCCAUUAAAAUGGUCACUUUGGAGCGCAGAUUGGUUCCCAAGAAAACCAACGAUAUUGGUGUGUGGAUAGACGUGUUGGAGGCUAUUGGUGUCUUAGCUGUCAUUGCAAAUGGGCUGGUCAUCGGUGUGUCUUCAGACUUCAUCCCUCGAUUGGUGUACCGUUACCGCUACGGCCCAUGUGCCAAUGGCACGGUGACAGAUACUGACUGCAUGGUCGGAUACAUCAGCAACACUCUCUCCAUUGCACACAUAGACGACCAGAACAUAAACAACGAGUUUUUAGAGGGUCAGAUGAUCACUCCUAAUGGCAUCAAUGUCACUUCAUGCAGUUAUAAAGACUACAGGAGCAAUGAGGACUACAGUUUAACCCCACAGUUCUGGCUAAUUUUAGCUGUCCGCUUUGCUUUUGUCAUCCUGUUUGAGCAUGUUGUCGUCAUAUUCAAGUUCAUUGCAGCCUGGUUUGUGCCGAGCGCUCCGAUGCAGGUCAAGAAUGAUCGACUCUUCGAUAAACUCAACAGACUAAAAGAGGAACUCAGGUGUGUCUCAAGUAAUGUGUGAUGACACUGAUGUGGCAGCUGGAUGCCAAAGUACAAUUGUGCUCAUUCAUUUUCAAUCAUUAAGAUAGACAGACAGACAGACAGACAGACAGAUAGAUAGAUAGAUAGAUAGAUAGAUAGAUAGAUAGAUAGAUAGUGUGUGAAUGGGGUGAAUGUUGCCUGUAAUGUAAAGCAUCAAGACUAGAGAAGUGCUAUAAAUUCAAUCCCGCUGUAUAGCUUUUGGAGGUGGAAAUACAGUAAUGUUUUGCGCUGAGGGCUCUGCUCUUGAGGUGCUCCAUGGAUUAGACAAGCAGCAUGCUAUGCUAUGACAAAACAGGGACCGCAAUGCAGAAAACCCCCCUGGUGUACAGGUGCUUGUGAGCCCAAGCAAGACAUUGAUCACCAUUUAAUCUUAGAAUCACAUUAGGACACUGAAUUAGAAAGGUGAAGGCUGGGGUGGUAGAGGUGAGGUUUUGUUAUCUGAUUGUGUAAUCCUGAUCACACAUUACCUGUUACUACCCAACUGGGUGUCGGCCAUGACUUGUGAUCUCAGGAACAAGAUGGACUUGAAUUGAAUUGAUGAAUUUGACUGAUGUGAUUGGUUGAUUUGCAUCACGAUUGUGCUUAUCUCCCUGUUAAAAGUCUGUCUGUCUGUCAUGUGCUGUACAUGUCGUUUUACUGUCUGAAUAAAUCUAGCUAUGCUGAUGCAGAUCACAUUAAUCAGAUAUACAGAGGUUUUCUGGGAAGCACUAAAUUAAAAAUGUGGAGGAACUCCUCUCUGACCUUGAAACUGUAAUCCCAGUGUACUGGCACUUGUUAAUGGUACUUUAGUUUUAAUUUUUAACUGAAUCCUAAUCGCCUACAUGAUGCCACAUAAAUACAAAUGUGACAUUUGUUGUCUGUAGCUCACAUUAUAUUAAUUAUAUAUUACAUAUUUUUAAGAUGUGUUUUGCAGUGCUCUCAGAUUCCUUGAAAUAGAUGCUGCAACUAACCAACCCUUUCUUU